AUGGAGGAGGUGCAAAUGUUUGAGUCUAUUAUUUUAGAAUAUCUUAAUAAUACAAAAUACAGGCAUUGGUCAAUUAUUUCUAUUUUGGAGUAUACAAAAUCAAAAUGUCAGUUAUAUGUAGAUUCCAUCAAUGUUCUUAGGGAUAAUAUAUAUGUGUCACUACAGAGAUACAAAGAAAGUCGUGACAAUCAUAUAAACGUAACCAACAAAUUGAGCAAGAUUCUAUCUGAUUUCGAGAAAUCAUUCUCUACAGCUGAAGUAAAAGAAUUUAUUGUUAAACUGCAAAAGGAACAAGGAGAACAUGACUUUGAUAUGGCCUUACAGUUUAAUGUAACAUCUGCCUCCACAGUUAAAGCUUUGAAGGGAUACCGUACAAAUCAAAUGCUUAUCAAUGAAUUAAAAGAUGAUGAAUACGAGGAGGAAGGAGGACCAUCUUAUUCUAAAGUGGAAUCAAGGAAAUGGAAAAACAAAGUAGAUACUAAAAGCUCAUCAGAAGAGGAAACGGAUUUUGAUUACGUAGAAAAACCAAACAAAGUAUGUAAAAAAGGAUCUACAAAUGAUGAUAGUUUUGAAACACCUCCUCCCAGAUCGCAAAGCAAAACUGUGAUGACCACUCCUCAAAAACCUACCCUUUUCGCAGAUUCUGUAAAAUAUCUGGAUAACCAUUUUUCAGUAGUCAUUAAUCAGCAGUGUGUUAUAAUGAAAGAAAUUAAAGUUGAUAUAAUUCCAGGAUCUGUUCAUGAUUGGCUUCUUAAUGUAUUAUCAUUUUUCAAUGACCAGCGAUGGUCCGUUAAACCGUUAUAUUGGGGAAUGAAAGUACACAGUGGAAAGAAUCGUGCCUUUAUUCAAGCAGAUAGUGUUGGUAUGAAAGUUUCUAAUAACAAGGAGAUCAUAUUCAUUGAAGUAUCAGGAGGUCCUGAGAACACUGUGCCAAAACAUGUAAAAGAAGAUUCUGAGAAACUUAUUAAGGAGGCAAUGUUUGGACUGGUAUCCCUUCUGAGAGACUAUUUAGAUAAGAACGCAGAGAAUGUGGAGAACAUAUGCACAUACAUGGUACAAGUUAUUGGUAAUGUAUUCACUGCUGUAUUAGUUCAUUUGAACAACACGAAUCUUACAGUGAUUAAAUCAGCGGUACUACCAUUUUCAUUCAACGAAAUUGAAAAAUUCUUUGAAAUAUUCAAAUUACUUUAUGCUUUGAUUAGUGGGUUCGAAGGCCAAAUAAAUGAGUUAAAGAAGCUUGCGUUCACCAAUUCCACUGAUGGUGUACCAACAGUUCAAGACUGGAUCUGGGUCCCAAAAUCGAUUGCGGAAUGGGAAUCAAUAGAAAUACGUGAAAAUGAGUCUGACUUGUGA